AAGAUCAACAGUGUUGCGACAAAAGUGUCAGACUGUAGACAUAUCCCUUUGUCUAAGAAGAUCUCCUAGAAGAACACCAACAUGUUACGGAACAAAUUAUUACUUCUAUUACUUUCAAUAGCUAUUAAAGUGAAAGCUCAGGAAGUAUUGCCGGGACACGAAAGCAGUUCGAAAGAGUACCGAGACCCGCAGUUUAUUCAGCCAGAUGGGAUGCCAACAACACCUGAUCCAAAUAUUGCAACAGACAGAAAUAUAAUCGACGAAGAAAAGCCAUUUUACUUCAGGACAGUAACCAACGAUAACCCAUUUUUCGAAUCGGAAAGUGUCACAAGGGCUACAAACUUUAGUUUACAAUUGGAUGACUAUCAGUGUCCUAGAAGUAAUGGAUACUUUGUUUAUCAAAAUGACUGUAAGAAGUUUGUGGAAUGCCAAGAGAAUGUUGGAAAACUUUACUUUUGCCCCUCUGGAUAUCAAUAUAAUCGUAUGGCCGUGUGGCCAGACCCACCAUGUGGAUUAGAGUCUGAAAUACGUUGUCAACAAGAAGAAGUUACAGUACCUUCAAAUAUGUCACUAAGUGCGCGUCCUUUUAUGGUUACGAGUAUCGAAGAAAAUUAUAAUUACCAAUGUCCAAACAAUGGAUACUUUGAUUACCAAAACGAUUGCAUGAAGUUUGUUGGAUGUCAGGAAAAUCAUGCAACGCUUUAUACCUGCCCUCCUGGAUAUAGAUACAACCGUACAGCCGAGUCGCCGGACUACCUAUGUGGGUUUGAGUCUGAAAUAUUCUGUACACAAGAAGAUGAUAUAAUACGUUCAACUGUACCACCACGUGUGCGUCCCUUUGUAGUUGUCAAAGAAUAUCAUGAUUACCAAUGUCCGGGCAAUGGAUACUUUAAUUACCAAAACGAUUGCAUGAAGUUUGUUGGAUGUCAGGAAGAUCAUGCAACGCUUUAUACCUGCCCUCCUGGAUAUAGAUACAACCGUACAGCCGAGUCGCCGGACUACCUAUGUGGGUUUGAGUCUGAAAUAUUCUGUACACAAGAAGAUGAUAUAAUACGUUCAACUGUACCACCACGUGUGCGUCCCUUUGUAGUUGUCAAAGAAUAUCAUGAUUACCAAUGUCCGGGCAAUGGAUACUUUAAUUACCAAAACGAUUGCAUGAAGUUUGUUGGAUGUCAGGACAAUCAUGCAACGCUUUAUACUUGCCCUCCUGGAUAUAGAUACAACCGUACAGCCGAGUCGCCUGACUACCUAUGUGGAUUUGAGUCUGAAAUAUUCUGUACACAAGAAGAAGUUGUAAUCCGUUCAACUGUGCCACCAAGCCCGUCUCCAAUUAUACUUAUCAACGAAAUUUAUGAUUACCAAUGUUCGAACAAUGGAUAUUUUGUUUAUCAAAACGAUUGCUUUAAAUUUGUCGGAUGUCAGGACAAUCAUGCAACACUUUAUACUUGCCCUCCUGGAUAUAAAUAUAACCGUACAUCUGCAUCACCAGACUACAUAUGUGGGUUAGAGUCUGAAAUAUUUUGUCAACAAGAAGAAGCUAUAAUACCUUCAACUGUGCCACCAAGCCCGCCUCCCAUUAUGGUUGUCAAAGUAAUUUCUGAUUACCAAUGUCCGGGCAAUGGAUAUUUCGUUUAUCAAAACGAUUGCUUUAAAUUUGUCGGAUGUCAGGACAAUUUUGCAACGCUUUAUACUUGCCCUCCUGGAUAUAAAUAUAACCGUACAGCCGCGUCGCCAGCCUACCUAUGUGGAUUGGAAUCUGAAAUAUUUUGUCAAGAAGAAAUUAUGAUACGUUCAACUGAACCUCCAAGCCCACCUUUCAUUACAGUUAUCAAAGAAAUCUAUGAUUACCAGUGUCCAAACAAUGGAUACUUUAUUUACCAAAACGAUUGCAUGAAGUUUGUUGGAUGUCAGGACAAUCAUGCUACGCUUUAUACUUGCCCCCCUGGAUAUCAAUAUAACCGUACGGCCGUGGAGCCAGACUACCUAUGUAGACCAGAGUUUGAAAUAGGUUGCGAGACGGCCAUCACGCCUGAGAAAGACCCAGUCGUAAUUCCCAAUGAACCAUCAAACUAUCAAUGUUCAAGGCACAACGGAUACUUCAGUGUGGAAUAUGAUUGUAAUAAGUUUAUUGAGUGCAAGGAAUAUGAAGCUCGGAUGUAUAGUUGUCCAAUGGGAUAUUAUUAUAAUUACAAAUCCGUAUGGCCAGAAAAUCCAUGUGGUCUCGCCUCAGAAGUAAACUGUGUAGGCCGCUCAUAUAAUAAUACCGAAUGGAGAGGCAAUUGCGACAAUAUCUUUCAUGACAUUUUCCCAUUCGGAGAUAUGGAAUGUGGAAAAUACGUAGUCUGCGACCAAGGCACAGCCAUCACGAUGGCAUGCCCAGAGGGCCUUGUAUUCAAUGCUAAUAGAAAAGCUUGUGACUGGCCUGUGAAUGUACCAGCAUGCAAUCCCGAUGUAUUCCGUGGAUUCACCUGUCCUGAGCCCAUGCGAGAUGACAGAGGUCGAAUGUCAGACAUUAUUUCAAAAUUCAGAUACGAACAUGAUUGCAGUAAAUUCAUAGCAUGUCAACGGGGUUACCCUCGCCUUCUAAGCUGCGACGCUGGAUUUUACUUCAGUGAUGUAACUAGAAGCUGCGUCCAUGCUGCUCUUGUACACAAUUGUAUACCCACACCACCAAAAAAUGAUAUGUCGACGACUGAUAUGCCAUUUGUAUACAUAUAAUAGUGGUUCUGUAAAUAAUCAC